CAGGCCCCAGGCUCCAGAUCGCGUUCGUGGAAACGUCUCCCCAUCUCAACGCACGCCUCAAUUGAAUUUUGCGUUUGCGGUCGCAUCGACUGGGCCAUUGCCAAUUCUACGACUCCACUGAUGGGCGUUUCGAGGCACUGAAACUGAUGGCGCAGGGCCCACCAUCGUCGAUCGCGCGGGCAAGAGCGUCGGCGAAGGUGCGGAUACGGAUAUGCGGAAUGGGACCGCGGAAGAGGGACUGUCGCGUUGUCUCGGUGUCCACAGCCAUCGCAGACUACAAAAGGCGCAGCAGUGGGGGGUUCCCAGGCCAUUCAGCAUUCACAAUCCAAAUCGACCACCCAACAUGACUGCUCCCUCCGAGUCCCUCAAUGUGCUCACUCUCGGGGGCUCCCGCAACAUCGGGUACCUGGCGUCUGUUCGCCUCCUGGAACAAGGGGCCACGGUCACGUUCCUGCUGCGUUCGACCGCCGUCUUCGACCGCGAUGAGACCAUCCAGAAAUACGUCAAGCUCGGCAGUGCGCGGCUGGUCCAGGGCGAUGCCCUGGACAUCGACGACGUCCGCAAUGCAUGGAAGGAGGCCGGCGCCGUCGACGCCGUCGUCUUCACCGUCGGCACCGUCCCAAAGGACUUCAAAUUCUGCGAAGGCUUCGUCAUCACCCCCCCGGACCUCGUCACGCACUGCUUCACCAACCUCCUGCGCACGAUGCCGCCGCCACCACCGCGCGGCCCGGGCGCCCCGCAGCCUGCCAGUGGGCCGAAGAUCGUCGCGCUCUCCUCGACGGGGCUCGGGCCCGCCGCCGCCGCCGCGCUGCCGCUCGUGCUGAAGCCGCUGUACGCGGGGCUCGCGAGCCCGCACAAGGACAAGAUCGGCGUGGAGCGCGUCGCGGCGCACUGCGCGGGCUGGCGCUGGGACCCCGCCGUCCACGGCGCGCCCGUGCC